GACAAUUUUCAUAAUACAAAGAGUUUUGCUAUGGUCAGUGGAAUAUUGAUUUUCAUUUUUGUAUUCAUUUAUUCCAAUUUAUAAUGUAAUAAUAAUACGACGUUUUGAAUAAAAAAACUGUUUGUAAUCAUGUAUUUGCUGUAGUAAAUAUAGUUAUCAAACAAUUCUAUUAUUUUCAAAAAAAUUAUAGAAAAUACAAAAUAUUUAAAUACAAAUACAAAACGUACUCGUAGAUGUGAAUCAGUGAAGUGUAAAAUCGCCUUUUAUAUUAAAAAAUCAACUAACUUUCAAAUGUUUGUCAUAUAUUGACCAAAAAAGGCAAUUUUGGAUACUUUUAAUGUAUCCUUUGUCAGCUACUUUACUUUUACAAUUAUCACCCAUUUAAUCAGCAAGCGUCAGUGUAUUUGAGGUUCUCAAAAUUUGCGAUCCAAAACACGUCCACAAAUUUUGUUUGUGUUGAAAGGCAGGCAUUUAAGACAAAAUCAAUCCAAAAAAGAUUCUUUGCAGAAAAAUAAAAUAUUUUGAUUUUAAACAUGAAAUCCCAAAGUCAUCAGUUGCAUUGUUUGGUAACUGUAUUCAACUCUCUAGUUUUUAAAUGUUUCAAUUUCACCGCAACAAUUAUUUGAAUUUUAAUGAUUCAUAACGGCCAGCCAAACCGCGAUAUAGCAGUUCGCAUAUUUUAUCCAAAGUUUUUUUAUCUCACCGCAACAAUUAUAUUCUCAAUAAAUAAAAUUAAUUGUUUGGAGUAAAAUAGCGAAGCAAACAAUUAAUCCGUAAACCAUAUUAACAAUAAAUAAGUUUAAAUCCCCACUCUUCCUGUAAAAAACGUAAGUGUUUACAUCAGGUGAAAUAAAUAUAUAAAUUUGCCGGUGCGCUUAAUCUUCCAAUUCUUUCGAGCAAUCAGCAACCGUUGUCAGUUCGAUUUCAAGAGUGUUUUGAUCUUAUUUUUAGACCGUUUUGGCCCUUAGCCAAUCUAUGAAUGGUUUGUUCGGUUUUCUAACGAUAAAAGAAAGGUUCACUUGAAAUAUCACAAGUUUAAACGAGAGCGAUUUACUUAGAGUUUGAAAUGGCCUUAGUCGCAAAUUCUACGAAUUCGAGUGAGUACAAAGUUAUUACUACAGUCUUGGUCAGUUUGAGCAAUCAAAACACUAUGGUGGAUCCAGUCGAGUUUCCAGACACUUUUAGGAAACUCGUUAAAGGUCUGGCCCAAAUGUUUUACAUUGUUAAUCCAGCAGAGACUUCAUACGAACGUCCGGAGGAUGUUCCCAAAUUAUUUUACAGUGCCUGGCCCUAUUUUCUACUAUUUAUGGUUGUAGAAAACAUUCUUUUAUGGAUUGAGAAAAAACCAACCGCGAGACUAAAUGACAGUAUUACUAGUUUAUCGCAUGGUCUUUUCCAGGAAUGUGGACGGCUACUAUUUAGAGGCUCAGAAAGCUACAUUUAUUUGUACCUUUAUCAACAUUUUCGUAUCUGUGAUUUAUCUUGGGACCUACCUUUUACUUGGUAUCUGGCGGCAAUUGGAGUCGAUUUUUGUUACUAUUGGGUUCAUAGAGCAUGUCAUGAAAUUCACAUUUUAUGGGCUCAACAUCAAGUACAUCACAGUUCCGAAGAUUACAAUCUAGCGGUUGGUUUAAGGCAAUCGGCUCUACAAGGAUGGUGUGGCUUUUCGUUUUACUUACCACUGGCUUUUAUCAUUCCGCCAUCGCAGUUUGUUACACAUCAAUAUUUCAACUUACUGUAUCAGUUCUGGAUCCAUACGGAAACCGUUCAAACGUUGGGACCUUUGGAAUGGAUUUUCAACACUCCAAAUCAUCAUAGAGUGCACCAUGGAAGCAAUAUUUACUGCUUGGACACAAACUACGGAGGGGUUUUGAUCAUUUGGGAUCGAAUAUUUGGAACUUUUGCCAAAGAGCGCAAAGGCGAAGAAAUUAUUUAUGGUCUGGUUUAUAACCAACCGUCUUUUAAUCCAACACAUCUUCAGACAUUCUACACAAAGUAUGUGAUCCAGAAGCUCCAAGCUAUGAGUUCCUGGAAACAUAAAUUAGCUGCCAUUUUUUAUGGACCAAGCUGGCAGCCUGGUAAACCCAGAUUGGGUCUUGAGGAGGAUAAAAUAAAGGUAGUUAAAAGAGAAAAGUACAACGUGAAAAUUCCCUUAUGGUGCAACCUGUAUCUUCUCAUCCAUUUCGCUGUGAUGGUAUAUGGUUUUCAUCAAUUGGCACUUAGGCACCUGUCUUUAAGUCCUGUUUCGGUUUUGGCCUUUGUCUCUUACAUCAUCGCUUCUCUGACCAACAUAGGACUUCUUUUCGAAAAUCACAAAUUCGCUCCUAUUUACGAAGUGCUCAGAUGCAUGAUUCUCGUAACGGCCAUUCAACGAUUGCAAUUUCCAGACAUCGACUAUACCACUUUACUGCUAGCCGAAGUUUUUUUCUUGAUAUCGGGUGUUUUCUGGUUCUUGAAAAGUGUUCAUAUCCUAGAUAUUAGCAGUACACUGCAAACUAAAAUGGAUUAAGCUACUAACGCAUAACGAAAUUAAUGUAUGAUUGUGAAAAUAAGUAUUUUUGAUUGUACUUCGUUCGGAGUUCGUUCCGCUUAAAUCGUUCUUGCUUAGAGUAAGCAAUGGAAUUAUUAUGGAUUCAGUGAUAAAACUGUGAUAUUUUUUAGCUGCAACUUAAAUUAUCAAACAAUAAAACAUUUUCAAAAAUGUAUCGACUACUAUUAAUUAAUUUACUAUCAGCAGGAAUAUUUGUAUACUAUUUUUGCGUCAGACAGAACUUCCGAUAAAAAAAAUAAUACUUUGAACUCAACAGCCGACAAAAUUGAAUUCCAUUAAUACAGAAGAAUUGGUAUUAAUUGGAAAUAUUUACCAUGCUGUUACAUGUGAAAAUAUCCAUGCAAAUUAGAACGUUUAAUGCAAUAAAACGGGAUAUUUUACAAGGUUUGCAAAUAUUAAUAACUCUAGCAGCUCAAUUUCGUGAUAAAAUUAAGCUAAUCCGCUGAAUUACUAAUCAAACACCCAAGAGCUUGCUGAAUUAAUUAUUACUGAUUGGAGAAUAUUCGAUUAAAUAAAAAAGACAAUCAAUCAACGAGCAAAAAAUAUUUCCUAAAAUCAAGCGUUAACUCUUGUAACAUAAUAUAUUAGUAAAACUCCAA